AUGACGACAGUUGGAACUUUGGAACCGUUUGAUUUGGGACAGCCAAAUAAAUGGGGCUCAUAUUUGGAGCAAUUUAAAUUGUUCCUGCUUGCCAAUGAUGUCAAAGACGAGGGUCGCAAAAAAGCAUCUUUCCUCACAUUGGUCGGAACACCAGUCUACGAUCUUUUGACAUCAUUGGCGUUUCCAAACCAGGUCAGUACAUUACCGUUAGACCAAAUUGAGAAGAUUCUAACUGAUCAUCUUUGUCCACGUCCAUCGGAAAUCGCUGCAUUUUAUCAUUUUCACAAACGUGAUCAACAUCCGGAUGAGACCGUCGGAAACUAUCUCGCAGCGCUGCGGGCAUUGGCAGUGGGUUGCAAUUUUGGAGCAGCGUUGGACAGAAUGCUGCGUGAUCGUGUUUGCAGAAAGUUUUGGAGAGAGCAACUACUAGUGAAGCUGCAGCAGCGAGUGCAAAGGCUAUCAGACAGCCUAACGAGACUAUCCACAGCAUCAAAUCACAGCGCCCUCAACAACCACAUAAAGGAAAAGGACAACAAUGUGCGGGUUGUGCCGGUCCACACGGCCGGCAGCAAUGCCCUUAUCGUGAAGCAAUAUGUCUGUGGCAUCAGUAUCAUGGGCAGUGACGUACAGAUCGCAGGCAUUCUGAAUAAGUUCGAACACUUAUUCUCAACAGAACUCGGUUGUUACACUGGUCCGCCAGUCAUAUUAAACAUUGAUGCUACAGUGCCACCAGUGCGACUACCUCCACGCCGAAUUCCAUAUGCUCUAAAGGGACUAGUCGAAGAGGAGCUGGAUCGCCAAUGCAAGCAAGGGAUUCUUAAACCUGUGGAGUAUUCAGAUUGGGCCACUCCUAUUGUACCAGUUAUCAAGAAGGACGGUUCAAUUCGUAUUUGCGGCAACUAUAAAUCGACUUUAAACAAAGCGGUUAAGCCGCACAGUUAG